GUUGACGGUGCUUGGGGACUGUGGAAUGCAUGGAGUUCAUGUCCUGAACAAUGUGGUUUCGCACUUCAAACACGAUUUCGUGUAUGUGAUAAUCCACCACCGUCACCGAAUGGACAAAUUUGCCGUGGAUUAGCUCAUCAGACAACUGUUUGCGGCACUGAGUUUUGUAACGAAAAUCGGACAUUCCAUUGGAGAGCUUGGGUGACAGUGGAAGAAAUUGGACUGAACAAGCACGAUCUUGCAAAGAGAAAUGGGCAGCUGAUCAUUGCCAGCAUAGACGGCAUUCGCUAUCCUUAG